AACGAUAAACAUGGACGCUGAGGCCUCACCAACCCCUCUCUCAUGCAUAACUAUUUUUCUGGAGAAAGAGUAACCCAUUGACCAUUUGAAUGAGAUGCAAUUACCAAUCCCAAAUCCUCAAAACCUCAUUUACAUAUUCCUCAUAUUCUCCGCGUUCUUCUUCUCUCCCUCCGUCUCACACCCUCGAAUCUCCGAGGCGGGUCGAUUCUGUGGACAUGGCAAGCAUAACUCCAGCAGCAACUUCAUUCCAAACUUCGUAAACGUAAUGAACUUCAUCUCCAACAAUGUCAAUGCAAAACGCUGGGGAGAAUACAUUAUUGCCUCACCAGCACCAGAAGUGUAUGCCCUUGCUCAAUGCUAUGAUGAUCUGUCACCAACCGAAUGCUCCGCUUGCUUUGCAGUGUCUCGAACAAAGCUCCCCCUCUGCCUUCCCUCCACCUCGGCUCGUAUAUAUCUUGACGGUUGCUUUCUUGGUUAUGAUGAUCAUGAGUUUUCUCACCAGGCAGUUGAUGACGAGUACAAGAAUGUUAAGUGUGUUAGCUCGCGAAUCGAUGCUUCGAAGUUCAGAACAAAGGAGUUUGCUAGAAAGGUGGAGGGUGUGAUUCGAAAUGUGACAGAAUUGGCUGUAAGUCAUGGAGGCUUUGGUGUCUUCGGGAAGAGAGGAGGAGUGGAGAGUGUGUAUGCAUUGGCUCAGUGCUGGAAGACAAUCAAUGCAAGCGGGUGCAGAGAGUGCUUGGAAGAAGCCGGGGCUAGCCUCGUCGGAUGUGUGCCUGGAGUUGAAGGCAGGGCUAUGUUUGCAGGGUGUUUUUUGAGGUAUUCAAAUGAGAACUUCUAUGGAAUUGAAGAUGGUUCAAAUGACUCUGUGAGGCAAACUGUAGCUACCAUUCUAAUUGCCAUGGCGAGUUCUUUGCUUGCUCUCUUUGGAGUUUUCAUGGCGUACAAGAGAUUUUAUAAAAGAACCGAAGUGUACAAUAAUCCAAUUGGGGUUUCCAUUUCUAUACACAAGAACAAUUUGAACUUCAAGUACGAAAUGCUUGAAAAGGCCACCGAUUUCUUUGAUGCCUUGAGGAAAUUAGGCCAAGGAGGAGCUGGUUCCGUAUUUAAGGGAGUUCUUCCAGAUGGUAGAACUGUUGCAGUUAAAAGAUUGUACUUCAAUACGCGCCAAUGGGUGGACGAAUUCUUCAAUGAGGUGAAUCUCAUCAGCGGCAUCCAUCACAAGAACCUUGUUAGGCUUCUGGGUUGCAGCAUUGAAGGUCCAGAAAGUCUUUUGGUGUAUGAAUAUGUAGCCAACAAAAGCCUUGAUCAAGUCCUUUUUGGUAACGACACAAGGCAAAUUCUAAGUUGGCAACAAAGAUUCGAUAUCAUCUGCGGAAUUGCUGAGGGACUUGUGUAUCUUCAUGAAAGUUGUGGAGUAAAAAUUAUUCACAGAGACAUAAAAGCCAGCAACAUUCUCCUUGAUGAGAAUCUUAUUCCGAAGAUUGCUGAUUUUGGACUUGCCCGAUGCGUUGGGCCGGAUAAAUCUCACCUUAGCACAGGAAUCGCGGGGACACUGGGAUAUAUGGCUCCUGAAUAUCUUGUUCGAGGACAACUAACUGAUAAAGCUGAUGUUUAUGCCUUCGGUGUGAUGGUUCUUGAGAUAGUAUGCGGCAAGAAGAACCGUGUUUUCGUAGAGGGUUCAAGUUCAGUUCUCUACUCUGUUUGGAAGCAUUACAAGGAAAAAAAUAUCACCGAAACUGUUGAUCCGACCUUGAAAGGUGGAUUCCCCGAGAGAGGGGCAUCCGAUGUACUUCAGAUCGGGCUUAUGUGCACACAAGCUUCUCUUGCAGUGAGACCAUCUAUGGCCGAGGUGGUUCGGAUGCUCACUGAUGAAAAACAUGUUAUCCCUUCACCAAAGCAGCCUCCAUUUUUGAAUGCAAGCAUACUCAACUCAGAUGUGUCCAAAACUUUUAUGAAGUACACUUCGUCACAAACAAGAGAUGGAAUAGGGUCCCCAGAGUCCAGUACUUUGUACGAAGUAUGAAUGUUGUAUUUAAACAAGUAACAUGGAUUGUCCAAAAAAGGGGACAAAAGAUGCUGGAAAUUAUUGACAUCCAAUGCCUUUUCAAAUAGAAAACUUCAACGGUACGAGAGAAAUUUCAUUGAUAACGAAAAAAAAGUUAUACUGAA